AUGGAAGGUCCACUUUCAAAAUGGACCAAUAUGGUGCAUGGAUGGCAGUACCGAUGGUUUAAAAUAGAAAAUGACACUCUUCUAUACUACACUUCUCGGGAGAAAAUGCUUAAAGGACAGCAGAGAGGUCAAAUUCGUCUUACCGGUGCUGUCGUCGGAAUAGAUGGCGAAAACAACAGUCUGUUCACAAUCACAGUCGAAGGAAAGACAUUUCACAUGCAAGGAAGAGAUCUUCGAGAAAGAAAUCAAUGGGUUCGUAUUCUGGAAAAUUCGAUUCGUGCCAGCAGUGGAUACGCAAAGAAUGGAUCCGUCGGAACCACUCCAGCUCAACAUUUCAAACAAAAAACAGAAGAAGCGAAUGAAUUUUUGAAGACACUUGUGGAUAAAGUGAAAGAAUUAGAGCAGUUGAAAAAUGGAGAGAGAAUUGCUGACGAAAAGAAAACCAUCGAUUCUCUGAUUGGAGCAAGUAACAAUUUGACAAAUAAUGUGAAACAUGCAAUUAUUUAUCUGCAGAUGGCUCAAGCUCGUCUCGAUCCGAAUAUGAAGACCGAGAAGUUGAUGUUCACACAUCCGGAUUUGGAUGAAAAGCCGUCAUCUCGUGCUGGCACAGUCUCCGAUUCCACACAAACCAGCAGUCAUCAAUCGAAUACUCAAUCUGAGAAACCUUUGUCUGGAAUUCAACAUCUCGAUCAUCUGAAACCACAACGUGCCGAGUCGUAUGCGAGCAGUGACGAAGAAGAGUUCUACGACGCCGACGAGGAGCUGAUCGAUUUGGAUAAAUUUGAGAGUGAGAAGAGCGGACAGGAGGCUGGUGAUUCGGAACAACGUGGUGACGCCGCCAUUAUGUCAUCUGAUGAAGACGGGUACGAUUUCGGAGAUUCACACGAGGAUUUCGAUGAGAUUUACAAUAAUGCAGAGGAGCACGACAUCGGAAAUGUGCAACAGGAGCAUGGAUCAGUUCUGAUGCAUCUUUUGAGUCAAGUGAGCGUUGGGAUGGAUUUGACAAAAGUCACUCUUCCAACAUUCAUCUUGGAACGUCGUUCUCUUCUCGAAAUGUACGCCGACUUCUUCGCUCACCCUGAUUUGUUCAUUGCUACAAAUGGAAUUGAUUCACCCGAAAAACGAAUGAUCUCUGUCGUGAGAUACUACCUCAACGCCUUCUACGCAGCCAGAAAAAGUGGUGUUGCCAAAAAACCAUACAAUGCGAUUCUCGGAGAAACAUUCCGCUGUCGGUACACUGUCCCAAAUGACUCUUUGAGUGGAAAGAAGACGGAAAGUGGACCGUGGCCAGGAUCAGAUGAGAAACAGUUGACAUUCAUUGCAGAGCAGGUCAGCCAUCACCCUCCAAUAUCCGCAUUCUAUGCUGAAAUGCCAUCGGAAGGAAUCUCAUUCAAUGCUCAUAUCUAUACGAAAUCGUCAUUCCUUGGCCUAUCCAUCGGUGUCGCCAGUAUUGGAGAGGGUGUUCUCACAUUGCAUAACUACGGUGAUGAACAGUACACAAUCACAUUUCCAAGUGGUUACGGACGCUCCAUUAUGAGUACUCCAUGGUUCGAAUUCGGUGGAAAAGUUAAAGUGGUUUGUGAGAAAACUGGAUACUAUGCUGAUAUUGAAUUCCUGACGAAACCAUUCUUUGGUGGAAAACCACAUAGAAUUCAAGGAACAAUUUGCAAAGAAGGUGUCAAGAAACCGAUUCUGACAGUACGUGGAGAAUGGAAUGGAACGAUGUACGCGAAGCCACAGAAUGGAGAGGAAUACGUAUUUGUGGAUGUGAAGUCGAAGCCAGAAGUGAAGAAAGAGUGUGUUCCAGUUAUGCAACAAGGAAAACGAGAGAGUAGAAGAUUGUGGAGACAUGUGACCGCCGCACUCCUCAGGAACCGCAUUCAAACGGCGACUACUUCCAAGAGAUUUAUUGAGCAGAGACAGAGAAAAGAGGCGAAGGAACGCCAGGAAAGUGGCGAGACCUGGACUCCUCUCCUCUUCGAUACAACAGACAAAGAUGGCGAAUGGAUGUAUAAGCAGAAGCUGGGCGUCAGAAAAACGUUGUAA